AGUUUCCUUUAGCAACAUGAGGCUGGGGCUGAACAGGAGCUGAUACAGCUUCACAUGCACUUCUCUCUUCCCAACAACACACUGCUCUGCUCUAUUCUGUAGGUUGUCUGGCUGUAUGGUGACAGAGGAAGGCUGUGGUUAUUUGUCUUCAGCUCUGAGUUCAAACCCCUCACACCAGAGAGAGCUGGAUCUGAGCUACAAUCACCCAGGACAAUCAGGAGUCCAGCUGCUCAAACACAAACUGGAGGAUCCAAACUAUAAACUGCAGAUACUCAAUGUGGAUCAUGGAGGAGAGAUCAUGAUGACAGUAGGAUCACGAAAGUAUGCCUGUGAUCUCACACUGGAUCCAAACACAGCAAACACUCGUCUCAUUCUGUCUGAUGAGAACAGGAAGAUCACAUGUGUGAAAGAUCAUCAGCCGUAUCCUGAUUAUCCAGAGAGAUUUGAUGAGUGUCAUCAGGUUCUGUGUGUUGAGAGUCUGACUGGACGCUGUUACUGGGAGGCUGAAUGGAGUGGACGUGUAAAAAUAUCAGUGUCAUAUAAAGGAAUCAGCAGGAAAGGAGGGACUGAUGACUGUUGGUUUGGAUCCAGUGACAAAUCCUGGAGUCUGUACUGCUCUGAUAACAGAUUCACUGUCCGUCACAAUAACAACAGAACUGUUAUACCUGCCAUCCGUUCAUCCUCUAAUAGAGCAGGAGUGUAUGUGGACGUGUCGGCCGGCACUCUGUCCUUCUACAGCGUCUCUGACACACACAUAGUCACACACUUACACACAUUCAACACUACAUUCACUGAACCCCUCUGUGCUGGAUUUAGGGUUUAUCCUGAUUCCUCAUUGUCUCUGUGUGAUUAAACAAUAGAGAGACUCUC